AUGGCGCGUCUCGGCCGCGUCGGGUUCCUGGCCCUCGCGGUGGUAUUCCACCUGAUCUAUACAUAUUCAAUCUUCGACAUCUACUUCGUCAGCCCGAUCGUGAGUGGCAUGCGAUCAUAUGGCGUUGAAAGAUCCUCUGAAGUCGCGGCACCAGCCAAGCGUCUCGUCCUAUUUGUCGCCGACGGCCUACGAGCCGACAAGGCCUUCCAAGCUUUCCCCGAUCCUUCUCCCGAUGCCGAUCCAGAAUCCCAAGACGUGAUUCGCCUGUCUCCGUUCAUUCGCUCGAAAGUUCUCUCCGAAGGUACAUUUGGCGUCUCGCACACCCGCGUACCCACCGAAUCACGACCUGGCCAUGUUGCGCUUAUCGCCGGACUCUACGAGGAUGUGUCCUCGGUCACAACUGGGUGGAAGAUGAACCCGGUUAACUUCGACAGCGUGUUCAACCAGAGCCGACACACGUGGAGCUGGGGUAGUCCUGAUAUUCUGCCCAUGUUCAAAGAGGGCGCAGUACCUGGUAGAGUCGAUGCGGAGAUGUACAGUGAGGAAGCGGAGGAUUUCACUGUCGAUGCUACGCACCUGGACACCUGGGUUUUUGAUAAGGUGCAUGGGCUCUUCGAGUCCGCAAAGACGGACCCCGAAGUGGAUCGGAAGCUGCGAGACGACAAGUUAGUCUUCUUCCUUCAUCUGCUGGGAUUGGAUACCACUGGUCAUUCUUUCCGGCCUUAUUCGAAGGAAUAUCUGCACAACAUCAAGAUUGUUGAUUCUGGAGUCAAGUCCGUCACAAAGCUGGUGGAGGAUUUCUACGGCGACGAUAAGACAGCAUUUGUGUUCACUGCGGAUCAUGGCAUGAGUGACACCGGCAGUCACGGUGACGGUCACCCAGAUAACACGCGUACACCGUUGGUAGUCUGGGGCUCUGGUGUUGCGAAGCCACAACUUUCCAUUGACGGAAUUGCCCCCGGCCACGAAGAUGGCUUUUCGUCCGAUUGGGGAUUCGACCAGGUCCGACGCCACGAUGUAGCACAGGCCGAUGUGGCCGCACUCAUGGCUUAUCUGGUUGGACUUGAUUUUCCCGUUAACUCGGUUGGCCAGUUGCCGCUUGAGUAUCUCAAUGCCAGUCCCAGGGAGAGGGCCCUGGCUUCGUUGGCCAAUACGCAGGGGGUUUUGGAAAUGUACCGCGUGAAAGAGGAGCAAAAGAGACACGCCGUGAUCCGGUAUGUUCCUUACGAUCCUCUGUCUGGAUACCAUGAGACCUCAAUUGAAGGCCGACUGGCAAGAAUCGAGGAACUCAUUGCCAGUGGUGAUCCCGAGGAGGCCAUUGUGGUAUCCUCUGAGCUUCUUCGGACUGCCCUUGAAGGUCUGCGCUAUUUGCAGACCUACGACUGGGUGUUCCUGCGAAGUAUUGUUUCUGUUGGAUACUUGGGUUGGAUUGCUUAUGCUCUGACUACGGUAAUUGAUCUGCAUGUCUUGCAUGGAACGUCGGACUCUCACCGAACGACAGCCAGUAUUUCGUUCUUCUCAUCCAUUCUGGUUGCGCUCUUCUCCAUCUUCCUGUACCAGGGCUCCUCCUGGCGCUACUAUGUCUACGCAUUCUUCCCAGUAUACUUCUGGGAAGAGGUAUUCGCGCGUCGCAGGGCUUUGAUCGCCGGUCGUGAGAUUGUAUUGGGCCAUGUGCGCUCUUUCACUGGAUACCUCAAGUUGGGUCUUCAGCUGCUGGCGUUCCUCGCAGUGAUGGAGGCCUUGGUCCAGUCCUAUUUCCAUCGGGAGAUCUUCACCGUUUGCUUUGCUCUGGGUGCGUUGUGGCCUGUGGUUCACGGCUUUGGUUUCAUUCGAAGCCAUGCACUGCUUUUUGUAACCUGGGCACUUGGUUGCGGAUUAAUGAGCACUUUCACUCUUCUUCCAGUCAUCAAGGUGGAAAAUGUUGACACAAUCACUUAUGGUGGACUGGUCAUGUUCCUGACUGGCAUCUUAUACCUGUUGUUCGAGGAUAAUAUCAUUGGACACGGCAAUCGCAAUGCCAUUGGACGUGUCGGAUCGCGAGUGAUUAUGGGUGUUCAGAUUGGCAUGGUUCUUCUUGCCUUGAUUGUGACCAGAUCAACUGUGUACUCGUUGCAGGCUCGCCAAGGCGUUCCCGUUGGAAACAUUGUUGUUGGAUGGAUUGUACUGGUGGCCUCUCUCUCCCUCCCAUUCUUCCACCGUCUGUGUCCAAACAGCCACUAUCUACACCGUCUUAUGGUCAUUUUCUUGACCUUCUCACCAACCUUUAUCAUUCUCACCAUCUCAUGGGAGGGACUGUUCUACUUUGUGUUCUGCAUGACCAUUGUAACAUGGGUUCGUUUGGAGCACGCAAUUUACGUCCAUACAAAGACCAAUACUACGGUGCAACAUGCCGGCAAUGGCUCUGCCAAAAAGCCUUCGACUGGCACUGCCACUGUUGACGGCGAAACCUUCCAUUACCGUGCUCUUACGCUCUCCGAUGUCCGUGUGGCACUCUUCUUCUUCUUCCUCUUGCAGGCAGCCUUUUUCAGCACCGGAAAUGUCGCCUCAAUCUCGACCUUCUCCUUGGACAGCGUCCGCCGUCUAGUCCCCGUCUUUAACCCCUUCAGCCAAGGCGCUCUCCUCAUCCUUCAAAUCCUCAUUCCAUUCGCCAUUAUCAGUGCCAACCUGGGCAUUCUCAACCGGCGACUGGAAGUUCCACCUAGUGCCCUCUUUAUGGUUGUCAUGGCCAUCUCAGACAUCAUGACCCUCAACUUCUUCUUCAUGGUCCGAGAUGAGGGCUCCUGGCUCGACAUUGGCAUGACUAUCAGCCACUUCUGCAUUGCCAGUGCCUUGUGCACCUUCGUGGCAGGUCUGGAAUUCUUAAGUGAGCAAUUUGUCAGCGGCGUGGACGUGAAUCCUACAGUAGCAGCUGUUGGAUCGGCCGUGGUCCAGGCCAUGAAUGAAGCGGCUGACUGUGGCCACGAGGCAGACCGCAAAGAGCCGGAACCCAAGAAAGCCCAGCUUAAUGGAAACGGGGUUAAGCAAGGCCGGUCCAAAUCAAAGGGCAAGGCCAAGGGCAAAAGGACCGGGUUCUCAUAG